AGCGUCUGAGCGGUGUCGACGCCAUCGGGUCCCAGUCUAAAUCCUCCCAUGCGCCAUCUUGCAAAUUUCGCCGAUGAAUGAAUCAUUUCCUGGUUAGGUUUUGAGGAAGUCCACACUUGUCGGAGGAAACUACGAAUAAACGAUGGCUGGGCGACUACCAGCUGUUGUCAUUGACAAUGGAACAGGUUACACAAAGAUGGGAUAUGCGGGUAACACGGAGCCGCAGUUUAUCAUUCCGUCGUGCAUAGCCGUGAAAGAGACUGCCUCCGUGGGCGACAAAACAAUCCAGAGGCUUGGGAAGGGAGUCGAGGACCUUGAUUUCUUUAUUGGGGAUGAGGCGCUUAAUGCUACAUCAUAUUCUGUGAAGUGGCCAAUUCGUCACGGUAUCGUAGAGGACUGGGACCUCAUGGAGCGUUUUUGGGAGCAGGCAAUCUUCAAAUAUCUACGCUCAGAGCCGGAGGAUCACUAUUUCCUACUGACUGAACCUCCAUUGAACACCCCUGAGAACCGAGAAUACACUGCAGAAAUCAUGUUCGAGUCUUUCAAUGUGCCUGGAUUGUAUAUUGCAGUGCAGGCCGUGCUUGCUCUAGCAGCCUCCUGGACUUCCAGGCAAGUAGGGGAGAGGACUCUAACAGGAACUGUGAUAGACUCAGGUGACGGAGUUACUCACGUCAUUCCAGUGGCCGAAGGUUACGUGAUAGGCAGUUGCAUCAAACAUAUCCCUAUCGCUGGUCGAGAUAUCACCUACUUCAUCCAGCAGCUGUUGAGGGAGCGAGAAGUGGGCAUACCCCCUGAACAGUCCCUGGAAACUGCCAAGGCAAUUAAGGAAAGGUUCAGCUAUGUGUGUCCAGACAUCGCUAAAGAGUUUGCUAAGUAUGACCAAGAGCCUUCCAAAUGGAUGAAGACAUUCGAGGGUCUGAACGCCAUAUCAAAACAGAAGUUUGUGGUAGAUGUAGGCUAUGAGAGAUUUCUCGGCCCGGAGAUAUUCUUUCAUCCUGAGUUUUCAAACCCUGACUUCACAACGCCAAUUUCGGAGGUGGUUGACACAGUGAUACAACAGAGUCCGAUUGACGUGCGCAGAGGACUGUACAAGAAUAUUGUACUGUCUGGUGGCUCCACGAUGUUCAAGGACUUUGGCAGGAAGUUACAGAGGGACGUGAAGAGAACGGUAGAUGCAAGAUUGAAAAUGAGUGAAGACCUCAGUGGGGGGAGGAUAAAGCCCAAACCCAUAGAUGUUCAGGUGAUCACCCAUCAUAUGCAGAGAUACGCAGUCUGGUUUGGAGGGUCCAUGCUCGCCUCAACACCGGAGUUUUACCAAGUGUGUCACACAAAAGCCGACUACGAUGAACAUGGGCCAAGUAUAUGUAGACACAACCCCGUGUUCGGAACAAUGUCUUAGAGUCUUGUAUGAGGAAAUACGCCAACAACGUUUAAAGAUUGGUACCAGAUGUCUGGUGCUCUAUGCAGCUUAUUGCUUAUCCAAUACAUUGACAGUUGUUUGUUUUUUAAUAAGUAAAAAACAUUAAAGUACUACUUAUUACUUUGAAUAAAAGUACAAUGUCUCUUUGUUUAAAAUGCCUUUGAUAUAGUCAAUAUAUCUGCCUAUUCAAGUGUUAAAUGAAUCAACGAAUGUUAUUGAAAAGUGAAGACUGGGUCUUAUGUUUUAAAGUGUGCACAUUUAACAGUUCCAAUGUGAUGGCGAUUGAAUUCUGUUUAGGAUAUGUUAAAUACAAGAAAUUUAUGUUCUUUAGAAGUUUGAGUAGUAAUUCUAAUGAUCAACCUCCAUUUUAAAACUACGACUUUAGGGAAGAGUUUGAUCGCUUAAUAAGUAUGUGUAAUAACAUAAUGCUAGUUAUUUAAUUUUACUGCUGAUUUGUACUUACUACAAACAUACAAUAACAUUCCCACUAUAAUGACUGCUAGAGCUGUAAUGAUUGUUUCCAUGCACCCAUGACUUAUUUGUAAUGGUACAAUUCGAUUUUCCAUACUGAAUUUUUAUUUAAUACAAUGUGAAAAAUGAAUAGAUUAUUUUUCAUUAAAAUAGUGACUUAACAUUACGCUUUUUUGUAAAAAAUGAGUUUAAUUUUAUCAUACUUUUUUGUUAAAGCUCAUUUAAUUUGAAAAAAUCUCCAACUCUUGAAAUUCUUCAAAUGAAAAGAGGUAAACAAGGCGCAUAUGACAUGAUAUUAUCCAAUUACUCUGUAAAUUGACUUUCAUCCGGAUUUUACCAAAUGUUGUUUUUUAAAUUGAAUUAAAAAUUGAGCCAAAGCUUCAGUGCUGCAGGUUAAAUGGCUGCAAGUUAAACUACCUGAAAACAUAAGUUAUUUUUAAAAGAUUUUUUUUUAAAUCAUGGCUUGGUUAAACAGUGGUUGUAUGUUGCGGUCCAAUCACAAUCGGAAUAAAAGACAGUGUCAGGGAUUACAUUAUUUUGUUCUGUUAUGGUACUUUAUUUUGACAUUUGUUUGCCCACAAUCAUGAUGAAAACUGGAAAUGAUUCCAAUUACUUAUUAGUAAUUUAUGCAGAUUAUUAUCAAGUCAGUUGCAGUAGAAACAUCAAUAUAAGAUUUGUUAAUUUGCAUACUAUUAUGUUUCAGCGCAAUAUAUUUUACAUUUACACAUGUUUUUUUGAAAUAUGUUCUGUUUUUGUUGUAGCUAAACUGUUUGUGUACAAGUUAUUUUAGUGUAUCCAAAUAUGCUUUGUACCAUGUCCUUGUUUACAUGUAUUUAGUUCUAUAUCUUUAUUACAUUAAUUUAUGUACACUUCAACAAAAUUAGUUUUAUUACUUGCGAUAAAAUUAACUGAAUUUUACAAGCAAUAUCUUUUGGAAAAGCAUCUGAAUUUCUGUCAUUCAUUCAUAAAAGAAAUUUUGCUUUUUGUUUUAAUCACUUCUUAUAUAAUGAACAACAACACUUGCUGUUAUGUGCAAACGCUUUCUUUUUAACUCACAUUUAUGUAUCAUUUCUAGAUUAUUUUUCCCUUUUUGUUUGUGAAAACAUAUUGAUUUCUGUAAGGCUCACUGGUUCACAUCGAUAUGCAAUAUCUGGAAAUAUUUUACGUGCAUUUAAAUAAACGGCUUAUAACUCACAUGUAAGAUAUACCGGGUAUUGAGUUAUGCAGUGUUUAUGACAUUUAAUAGAAAUUCAAUAAAAAAAAUUUAAUGUUAUUAUUUUCAAAUCAGCAUGAAAAUAAAAUGUAAACACAGAAUAUGAAAACAAAGCAUUGAACAAAGUCGCUAUGUUUAUAGUUUUGCUGUUGAAAAAAACAAGUAGUGCAAAUCUUUGGGAACUUUAAGUGCUUGUGUUGAGAGAAAGCGUGUUUACAAUAUAUUUGUAUAUAAUGUAUUUACAUCAGCUCAGAACAUAGUAUCUUACCACUGUAGAACUGUGUACAUCCUUCUGCAGUAUAGCAAAUUUAAUAAAUUAUGUAAACUAUA